UAGGUGUGGGACCUUCCUUGGAGGCUGUCCUCCCUUACUUCGCGGUUAGGGGGGUACCGGGCUUCCCGUCGUCUUCAGAUCCCCGCCCGAGGUCUGCAGACGGUUAUAAGAAGAUCCGUGAGAAGGAACCACCGAGCUGGAGGACGGGGAGAAGUGUGGCAUAAGAGUCUGAGGGAAAAGUGUGCCAGACAGCGCGUAACGGCUGCCAGCGGCACCCUGCCAAGGACCCAGGGACAUGGGAGAAUCUUGUUCUGUUUCAGGAUGACUAGGAAGCCAUGGCAAUGACAGGAUCAACACCUUGCUCAUCCAUGAGUAAUCAUACGAAGGAGAGGGUGACAAUGACCAAAGUGACACUGGAGAAUUUUUAUAGCAACCUUAUCGCUCAACAUGAAGAACGAGAAAUGAGACAAAAGAAGUUAGAAAAGGUGAUGGAAGAAGAAGGCCUGAAAGAUGAAGAGAAACGACUCAGAAGAUCCGCACACGCUCGGAAGGAAACAGAGUUUCUUCGAUUGAAGAGAACAAGGCUUGGACUGGAAGAUUUUGAAUCUUUAAAAGUCAUAGGCCGAGGAGCAUUUGGUGAGGUGCGGCUUGUUCAGAAGAAAGACACGGGGCAUGUGUACGCAAUGAAGAUCCUGCGCAAAGCAGACAUGCUGGAGAAGGAGCAGGUUGGCCACAUCCGUGCGGAGCGUGACAUUCUAGUGGAGGCAGACAGUUUGUGGGUUGUGAAAAUGUUCUAUAGUUUUCAGGAUAAGCUAAACCUCUACCUAAUCAUGGAGUUCCUGCCUGGAGGAGACAUGAUGACUUUAUUGAUGAAAAAGGAUACUCUGACAGAAGAGGAGACUCAGUUUUACAUCGCAGAGACAGUAUUAGCCAUAGACUCCAUCCACCAGCUGGGCUUCAUCCACAGAGACAUCAAGCCAGACAACCUUCUCUUAGACAGCAAGGGCCAUGUGAAACUUUCUGACUUCGGCCUCUGCACAGGCCUGAAAAAAGCACACAGGACAGAAUUUUAUAGGAACCUGAACCACAGCCUGCCCAGUGAUUUCACCUUUCAGAACAUGAAUUCCAAAAGGAAAGCAGAGACCUGGAAAAGAAACAGACGGCAGCUCGCCUUCUCUACAGUGGGCACUCCUGACUACAUUGCUCCAGAAGUGUUUAUGCAGACGGGAUACAACAAGCUCUGCGAUUGGUGGUCACUGGGGGUGAUCAUGUAUGAGAUGCUCAUCGGUUACCCACCGUUCUGCUCCGAGACCCCACAAGAGACAUACAAGAAGGUGAUGAACUGGAAGGAAACCUUGACCUUUCCCCCAGAAGUUCCUGUCUCCGAGAAAGCCAAGGGCCUGAUUCUGAGGUUCUGCUGUGAAUGGGAACAUAGAAUCGGAGCCCCUGGAGUUGAGGAAAUAAAAAACAAUCCUUUUUUUGAAGGUGUUGACUGGGAACAUAUCAGGGAGAGACCAGCUGCAAUAUCUAUCGAAAUCAAGAGCAUCGAUGAUACCUCAAACUUCGAUGAAUUUCCAGAGUCUGAUAUUCUUAAGCCCACAGUGACCACAAGUAAUCAUCCUGAGACGGACUACAAGAACAAAGACUGGGUCUUCAUCAAUUAUACAUACAAGCGCUUCGAGGGCCUGACAGCCAGGGGGGCCAUACCUUCCUACAUGAAAGCGGCAAAGUAGGCCUGCGCUGGGAACCCGAGAUGGCAGAGUUCUCUGUACAACACUGUGACUUUCCUCUCGCGCUCUUGAAAGAACUUCCAAGAAGUUUGUAGAACUCAUUAAUAUGUCCUAGUCAAGUCUCUGAAAUGUGACUGUAAGUGGAUAUUCCUCCGUAGUGUACCAGGAAGCCGACAGGACAAAGACAAGCAUUUCUCCAUUGGCCAUAAGCAGCUGCUUGCUUCUUUUGAAGCCCCAUGAGCCAGUUUGGUAUGUGUUGUAAAGAGAAGUUGAUUUUCCCAAGUUCAUCAGAAUGAAGGGGAAAACCAGCCAUGCACUGUUACAGAGCUUAUAUACACUGAGUACCAGCCAUGCCUGUGCUGUGGUGAUGUGUCACCUGCCAAGCCCACCAAGUAUUUCUUCUCUCUAUAGCUGAAAAUUCUAUAGUUAAAGAAGUCAAUAAUGAGAGUCUGUGUGAACAGCCAACAGUGGCAGAAGGAACGGCCUCCACCUUGCAGGUGCCGGAGGCUUCUCCCCCGCCCUUGGCCAGCACAAGUGGCGUUCCACAGCCUUUACUUAUGGUGCACCUUACAUAUGGUACUAGGGCAAAGACCCCGAUCCACUGACCUAGCUCCCAUCUGAAAGACUCAUGCUGCUCUUCUGUUGAUGGCAGAGGUACUAGUGUGAUCCUUGCCCACAAAUCCACUGGGCACUGCCAAGGAGUUGUGCACCAUGUGGACAAGCCUUCCUUUCUCUUCUCCGCCGUAUGAGAUCAUCUCGAGGCACAUGGUCCCUACCAGCAAGCGAUGCCUGCAAAUGCUGCCAGAGCAGCGUGUUCCUGCUGGAGGUUCAGGCGCUGCCAUGCAAGGUCCCACGGCCUCCUUGGGAGUCAAGGCAGAGCCAGCCCGCCGAGUUCUUGAGCUCACCCCUCAAUCCAUGGUGCAACCGUGUUUGUCUUGGUAUUUCCCUAUCCCAACUUUAGCCAUUUUGCCUUGGAAUCAUGAUUAUAAAAUUCUCCUUUGCAGAUGCCUUCCUGGGGCAUUCUUGUCCCUCCACCCAGAAGGGCUGCCUGCAGCUUGGACUGAACUGCCUCUGCUGUGGCGCUCUCUCAUGAGAAACACUGAAUUUAGCACAAAGUGCCUUCUCUGUCCCAGCUGCUGCCACCUUUAAAAGACUUUUGCUGUCAGAAAAAUGUGGAGGUUCCAUAUUAAUGCAUUACUAGUUUGGUUUUAAGUUUUGAUAACUGUUGAAGCAUUAUUUGCACCUGUGUGCAACUUGCAGUGUCAUUGGCCAAGCCACAGCUGGGAUCAGCUCUCUGCUGGUCCUCAAGUUGUGACAGUCAGCUCAGUCCUAGCUCAGCCAUUCAGAGAAUAGAAAAUAAGAUUUAAAAUUGUAAGCAAAACUGCUUUGGGUUUUCAUAUCUUAGAAAAAGGAAUGUUAGGGAAGUCUCAACUCUGGUUUAAGGGUGACUGAUGUUAGCGCCUUAAUCCUCCAUUCAGAGCCUGCUGACGCAAAGGAGGUAGAAGGGCCUGUGUGUGGCACUCAUUGUGCUCUCUGUAUUUGAUGAACAGUUGAGGUCCUGAUACCUGUGUGUUUGCAGGAGUGUGUGGUGAGCAUGGGAGUAGUAGUAAUAGUGGUAGAGUCUGUGUGGUGGGGAUGGUUCGUUUUGGGGAAAAAAUGUCCACAUUUUAACUAUUCAACUUUUGAAUAAACUGUGAAAAUGAUAAUGGAA